AUGAAUGAUGAGUCUCCAAUUCAUCAAUUUUAUUUCAAAACUCAACCGAAUUAUAGUGCCUUGGAUAUUUCAUCAACUGGGGAUUUAUUUGUCAAAAUUCCUGAACUUUCAAUAGCAUUCCAUCAUCAACGACCACUACUUUGUCGUAUUGAUUAUCGUGGUAGUCUCUACACUCCUGUGGCUGGUCAUCACACUUUCCAUCGUAUCAUGAUUGACAAUAAAAUUCUUCGCUCAAACAAACUAAUUCCAAAUUCACCUGAGCGGGGGAAUGCAAUUUCUCCCAGUACCUCUAGCUUGUAUCAUGUUGAUGCCUUUGCUGGCAGUGUAUUUUGGGGUGCAGUCAGUCUCGACUUAGGUGUAUCGAAUUCAGAGGUUGUCUAUUUGAAACCAGGCACACACACAAUCGAUGUUGCAGUGCGUACUGCUGGACGUGCUAUUUUUCAGUCAGGUGAACUGCGCAUUGAAUUGAUCGAACUUCAGUCGCAAACGAAUAUUAAUUUGCCCUUUCUCAGUUGA